AGUCAAAACAAAAAUAAUAAUAUAUGUUUUAUGUCUAAAAGACUCAAAACAACAACCCUAAAUCCUUAUCUCUAUCAUUGCGCAUGAUCCAGAUUCGUUUUUGAUCGGAGCUGCCAUGGAACGCAUCAUCGGCGGCAAGUACAAGCUCGGCCGGAAGAUCGGCGGUGGUUCUUUCGGAGAGAUUUUUCUAGCUACGCACGUCGAUACCUUCGAGAUCGUAGCUGUUAAGAUCGAGAACAGUAAAACAAAGCAUCCUCAACUUCUCUAUGAAGCCAAGCUAUAUAGAAUUCUUGAAGGAGGAAGUGGAAUUCCGCGCAUAAAAUGGUUUGGAGUGGAUGGAACAGAGAAUGCUUUAGUGAUGGAUUUGCUAGGGCCAAGUCUCGAAGAUCUAUUCGUGUAUUGUGGGAGGAAAUUCUCACCUAAGACAGUCUUGAUGUUGGCUGAUCAAAUGCUGACAAGGAUAGAAUUUGUACAUUCCAAAGGAUAUCUGCAUAGAGAUAUAAAACCUGAUAACUUCCUCAUGGGCCUAGGUCGGAAAGCAAAUCAGGUUUAUCUAAUUGACUUCGGACUUGCUAAAAGAUAUCGUGAUGCCAACACCAACCGCCACAUCCCUUACAGGGAAAACAAGAAUUUAACAGGAACUGCACGAUAUGCUAGCUGCAAUACACAUCUUGGAAUUGAGCAAAGUCGACGGGAUGACCUAGAAUCGCUGGGAUAUGUGCUUCUGUAUUUCUUAAGAGGAAGUCUUCCAUGGCAGGGUCUUAAGGCUGUUGACAAGAAGCAAAAAUAUGAUAAAAUCUGUGAGAAGAAGAUAUCAACUCCUAUUGAGGUUCUAUGCAAAAAUCACCCUGUGGAGUUUGCUUCAUAUUUUCAUUACUGCCACACACUGACAUUUGAUCAGCGCCCAGAUUAUGGAUUCUUGAAGCGGCUUUUUCGUGAUUUAUUUUCGCGGGAAGGAUAUGAGUUCGACUAUAUAUUUGACUGGACUAUUAUAAAGUAUCAACAAGCACAGAAAUCUAGAAAUCAGUCUCAGGCAGUUCCUGGGUCUAGCAAUGCUCGUGCAAUGCCAAUGGACACAAGCAAUCAUCGGGGAGGACCAAAUAUUUCUUAUGAAGCCGAGGCCUCUGAACGCGUCAGAUCAGCUAAUGCCAUUGGCCCACAGAUAAAUAAUAAUACUGCUGCAGGAAGGACUCUGGGGUUUGAUCACCCUGUCCACAAGAAUAUGAACAUGCCAUCCACUUCAGUAUCUCCUGCGGGUACCUCAAAAAGAAAUGUCGGACCUGAGAUCUCAAAUUCUGGGCAUGGGAGUGGGAAUAGAACCGGCUGGACUUCCUCAUUCAUGUCUCCAGAGAAAUGAUGCAAAGAAAAUGUAGCUUUAUUCUGAAACGGUGAGUGAGAUUAUGCGCUGUUACUGUGAGGCAUGCUCUUAUUGCACCUCUGCAACUACAGCAGAAAUCAGAACUCGGUGUCACUAACACCUUUGUAUCUCCUCCACCUUUGGCUGGAAGAAAAAUGCAAAUGGUUUCUAUGUAAAUUCUCUGAAGUGUGUGGACAAGAAGGCGUUGGUUGAAGCAUUUGUGUUUACACACACAAGACAUGAAGUGUAUGUUUGCUUUUUCAUUCAAGAUUUUCCCCAACCUUUGUAUAAUUCUUACACCCGGAUGUGUAGUCUUUGUUAUGUGAUUCAUAUAUAUCAUUUUUUAGCUACUCUGUUCUAUGUGA